GCGCAUGCGCAAACCCAAGUGGAAGCGUACGCAUCAACAACAUACUCAGUAGUGUCAAAGUAUCGUCAACAACUUUGAUGCUGUUAGGGUUUGGGAUAUACCAAAGACGUGUGUCAUUGCUUCGAAGCCGAAAGGGGACACUAAAUCUGCUGGGAACAACGCCAUAGUGAAAACGGAAGAAGAGAGAAGUUAAAUCUUUAGAUUAUUGGGCUACACUUAAUGGAAGUCAGCAGUCGUCCGAUUCUUAUGUUACGCACUUACUUCCUGUUGUCAUUGGGGUAGUUAAACAGAAGAAGAGUAGGCUAAUGUUUGACAUGUCGUUAGAGGACAGGAGACAACGUGGGACAGUAGUUUAAAAAAAACACGGACCCUGUGUGUUUUUGUAUGUCUUUCUACAUGAGUGUAUUGGCAGGAUGUCGUUGAGUUCGGGUGGUUGGACUCACACCCCUGGCUUCACAGCUGACCAGUCCGCUUCCCUCCCCAGCCAUUAUGGGGCCUCGCAGUCCCACACUGGCUGCCAGACCGUCCUUAUGUCGGUUCGGGUGUCGGUGUGCCAUUCUGGGAUUCGGCCGCUGUGUCUUCCGGGAGCAGCAGAUGAGUCACUCCGCCUGCAGCUCAGCAUGGACCAGGGGAAAUCCGGGGAAUUCCGGCUGCUGCUCCAAGACAGCAGCGGGACUGGCCGGACUGUGACCAUAGCUGAGUUUGAUUUGGGCUCAGUAAACUACGAAGUGAAGUCACCAAAGUGCCACGAGUUGAGUUUGGUGGCGCCUCCACAUGAACGCAUCAGCUUCAACUUCCGCUGCGAGCAGGAGGCCCAGGAGUGGGCCACAGUGGUGAUGUCUUCACUGAGAGAGGCGCACAAAGUCAUCCCUCCAGAUAAUGGACCACAGAGCCAGCCUGAUGGUCCUAAUCACCAGAAAACCUUUGUUUUGCAACAGACAGAGGACACAUGUAUAGAGUUGUCCCGAGCCAUAGAGGCAGGAGACAUGCAGUCUGCUUCUGUCAUAGCUGCAACACUCGCCCGACAAAAUGCAGCGCUCAAGAUACAGCCAUCGACCAGAGAUUAUGAAGACACUGAAGUCAACUUGACUGUUGUGGUUGAGGAUUCUUCUUCUUCCUGUUGCGUUACUUUGAAAGUAUCCCCACACAUGACUGCUGCAGCAUUGAAACAGCAGAUGUUUCUCGAGUAUGGCUUUCACCCACGAGUCCAGCGAUGGGUGAUUGGUCAGUGUUUGUGCAUUGACCAGCGCUCCCUCGCUUCUUAUGGGGUCCAUCAGGACGGUCACACAGCCUUCCUGUACCUCCUGUCUGCCCGUCACGCUCGCUUGACGCUCCAAUCCCUGCAGCAGGACCAGGAGAGCGCUCUCCUCCUUGGCCCUUCAUCUCUGUCUCUCCCCAGUCCUCCUCUCCCUUCUACCUCUGCAAAUGGCCCCUCAUCUCUGGACAGGAGGCCUUACAACACCCUGCCUCCUAGACUCCAAACCAGCAGCAAUACUGGUGGUUCAGAGAGAGGAAAUGUCAGUGAGAUCAGAGAUCUCAUCCACCUAGAGAUGCCUCAACUCAAUGAAGCACUGAGCCCAAACCCAGCAUCCUCUCAGGGUUGGUCCUGCCCUUCUUGCACUUACAUUAACAAACCAACACGGCCGGGCUGUGAGAUCUGCAGCACAAACCGCCCCGAGAGCUACACCAUCCCAGGAGGAUACAGACCUGAUGCACUUGAACUAAGACGGAUUCAGCAGGAGAAGGAGGCUAUCAGACAGUACCAGCAGGCAAGGGAAGCGGAGCGCAGGGAGAAUUUUGCGAGGCUGGUGAUGAUGGACAGCCAAGACCUGCUGCCGAACCCGGAGCCUGUGGACUGCAGGAUCUGCUAUGUGGACCUGCAGCCUGGGGAGGGGGUGCUGCUGAGGGAGUGUUUGCACUGCUUCUGCAGAGAGUGCUUACGUUCGGUUAUCAUGCUGAGUGAGGAGCCUGAGGUGUCGUGCCCUUACAGAGAUGACACAUAUUCCUGUACCUCCUCCCUGCAGGAGAGAGAAAUCAGAGCGUUGGUGCCAGCAGAGGAGUAUGAGCGCUGGCUGCAGAGAGGUCUGUCAGUGGCAGAGUCUCGAUGUGAGGGCAGCUACCACUGUGCCACGCCUGACUGUCUGGGCUGGUGUGUGUAUGAGGACUCGGUCAAUGUCUUCCACUGUCCAGUCUGCAGGAAACACAACUGCUUGAUUUGCAAGGCUAUCCAUGAGGGGAUGAACUGUAAGCAAUACCAGGAUGAUCUCGCAGCCCGAGCUAUAAACGACUCUGCUGCCAGGAGGACAACACACCUUCUCAAGACUCUUGUGCAGUCAGGCGAGGCAAUGCACUGUCCCCAGUGUGGGAUCAUUGUGCAGAAGAGGGAUGGAUGUGAUUGGCUGCGCUGCACUGUCUGUCACACUGAGAUCUGCUGGGUAACCAGAGGACCACGCUGGGGGCCCAGGGGUCCUGGAGACACUAGUGGAGGAUGUCGCUGCAACGUGGACAAUCAGAAAUGUCAUCCUAAAUGCCAAAACUGCCACUGAGAAUCUCAAGGGUGGUCAGAUUAUAUAGGGAAUGAAAGAAUGGAAAUAUACUGCUCUCAACAACAGGGGGAAAGCAUUAAUGUGAAAAAAAAUCACUGACAUACUGACUGGCUGACGGAAACGAUUGUUACAUACAGCACAUACUCAUUGUUACAACUGGAGACAGCCCCCGUGUCCUCCUACAAACAGGAAUUAUGUUAACAUUUAUCUCUCACAAUAAGGAAAGCAAGUAAGGGUAAGUAAGCAAUAAUAAAAAAAAAUAUCCCAUAUGAUAUGAUGAGGGUAAUUGUGAUCAGAAGUCUGCAGGGAAAGAUUAUUAACUGUUAAUGAUGCAUGCGGUGCUUUUUGCACUGAAAAUGUUACAGGUUUGCUGUUUUCUUCUUUUAAUGGAAACAAACCAGGAUGCAUGGCAUUAAACUAAAGGGGCCUUAUUCCUGUGCACAAAAGCUGUAGCAGGGUGUUUGUGAUGAGGUUUUCUUGAGGUGUAAAAAAUAUCAAAGUAUUAUGAAGCUAUAUAUGGUAAUAUUGUUGUGUGUCUGAAGAGUAGUCAGGCUGCAUGUUUCCAAAAAGAUUUGUAAACUGACUGAAUAGAUCCAGGCUGACUGCAUGAGUUCAUCACUCGCAUGCUUCUGUAUUUGACACGGGGUGGGUACAGACGUCGCUGAGGUACUGCUGAGCAGCUCAGUACUGUAUGAUGCCAUCAUUAACAACUUGCUGAGUGUAUUGAAAGAUGACUAAAUAUUUACCACAAUACUUGAUCACUUUCUGAAAGAGAUGGCACAUUUAAACACAUUUCGUCCAUAAGCUAAUGUUCCUCUGAAAGAACUCAAAUAUAACAGGGUGCAUACCUAACAGCAGUUAAAAAAAAGUUUGGAAGGCUUUGUAUACAUGACAAUAUUUGAAAUAUCUUCAAUUCAUCUUUGCAUGAAGUUGCUAUUAUAAUACCUUGAUGAGAAUAAGCAACAUACCCUGUAUUACCCUCACGGUGAAAAAGUAUCUCACAAACUGCACUCUCUAUAAAUGAGAUUAUUUUUAACCCCGUCUCGACUACACUACUGCCCUGCACUGAAAAGCCAUGAAUAAGUCUUCACUGUAAUGUGUGUUCAAGUAUCAGCUCUGUGUUGCUGAUGUACCGUUGUGCCUUAAUUAUCAAUAAAUACUCUGAAC